UAAAAAACCUAUAACAAAAAUAUAGUAAAGGAAGACAAAUUAAGAGAUAUCGUCAUGGAUUCUGACGGUGGAUUUCAUGAGGUAGAAAAGAAUGGUAAACUAUUUUUGGUAUACCAUCACGCUAAGUAUUGUCCCAUACCCCAAAUACAUACCCCAACCUCCUCCGCUGAGCUUUCUCUUCAACCUCUUUUCUUAUGUCCUACUAAACGACAGCGAAAGGACGUUUCUUAUACUAAUCAUGGCCUCUAUCUACUAAGUUCUUCCCCCGAGUACGUAAUUCCUACAACAACGGAUUCUUCUGAUCAUCAUGUACUCUCUCUGUUUUGGUGCAACAAUAAGGAAUUUGAUACCAAUGGUGGGUGUGACAUAUGCAAAGGCUCAAAUUUUGGUACAGACUAUUACUUCUGUAACUACUGUGAUAAAAAAUUCCAUAGGGAAUGUAUCCAGUCUCCACUAAAAAUUAAUCAUCCUUACCACUCUGAGCAUCCUCUCCAACUUUCCCUUCGUUAUUAUGGGGCUUCCGACAAUAUUGAGUGUUUAUGUUGUAGAAUAUUAGCAAAUGGGUUAAUGUAUCAUUGUACGAUAUGUCAGAUUUUUAUGCAUCCAACAUGUGCGAUGAAACCAAAACCCUUUGUUGUAGACCCACCAAAAAACCAUGUUCAUUCUCUCAUGUUUUUCCCCAGACAAACUUGCUUAACUUGUAACCUUUGUGGUUGGCUGAGACAAGUUUGUCUCACCUACAUUUGUGUCAGAUGCAACUUUGUAUCUCAUGUUGAUUGUAUGAAUCUCCCACACAUCAUCAAGAUAUCACGUCACCACCACCGUAUCUCCUUCACUCUUUCUUUUCCAUCAAGAUUAGAACGGUUUUGUGGAGUUUGUCGUCAAAGUAUUAACGGUAAUUAUGGUGCGUAUACUUGUGACAAGUGUAGCGAUUAUGUUGUUCAUCCAAUGUGUGCUACAUGGAAGAAUGUGUGGGAUGGAAAAGAACUUGAAGGUGUACCAGAAGAAGAUGAUAUAACACAAGAUGUUGGGCUGUUCGAAAUAAUAUCUGAAGGAGUGAUACUUUAUUUUCUUCAUGACCAUCAUCUCCAGCUUGAGGUCAAUAUGCUAUAUGACGAGAAUAAAUUUUGUCAAGCGUGUGUCCUUCCUAUCUAUGAAGGUAACUUGUAUUCAUGUAUGGAGUGUGAGUUCAUCCUCCAUGAAACAUGUGCUAAGGCUCCCCGUAGAAUUCAACAUGCCUUACAUCUUCAUCCACUUAAAAUGAAGCAGUUUCACAAUAGAGAAUUUUCCGGUUGUGAUGCUUGUGGUCGUAUAUAUAAUGGCUUUGGCUAUGGGUGCAAUUACAAAGAUGGAGACUGCUUUAAUCUAGAUGUAAGGUGCAUUACCUUACCACACAAAGCAAAAUAUCAGCAUUACGACACACAUCCUCUCACGUUGUUAUGGGGUGAAGAAGUAAGCGAGAAAGAUUGGUGUGAGGUGUGCGAACGUAAUUUACAAGAUACGGGAGCAAAAGUGUUUUACGGGUGCAAUGAAUGCUACACAGGUUUUCAUGUUGAAUGCGUAAUUGGUGCAGACCCAUAUUUGAAGCCCUAUAGUUACUUAGCAGGGGGAUCGCUAAAUGAUGUUCAAGCUCUUCCCAAACGUAAGAUUUCUCGACCAUUUUGCGUUUCUUGUAAGAACCGUUGUCAAGGUAAAAUAUUUAAGAUAGACUACAUCAUAACAUGUUCAAUAGAAUGUAUUUAUAGACUAGAUUUGGACCCGUGCUAGAGCACAAG